CUCAAAAAACCGGGGAGGACCGUGUGGAUCUCGAACACAACACAGAGGAGGCGCUUGGGUGAAGUUGUGCUGCGUUUUGGAGGCGAGUUCUUUGUGCGCACUGGAGAAGACCCCAGAGCUGGGAGCGUAUUAGAGCUGCAGUUAAAGGGAGAAUACCGGUGCUGUGAGCAGAACGCACGGAUCUGCACGAAAUGAAACGAUUAUAGCUGGAAAGUUCCUGCUACUGGCAGCAAAGAGGCAGCUUUUUGCUUUUCAUCUGGACCGUCGUCCUCCGGCAGCUGCUCUUUCAAUGUGGGAUACAGUUUUAGUGCUUUCGCCAGGCUGAAAUCCUCCAGGGUCAGGACCUCCCUCAUGGCAGCGUUGCUCCUCGGGCUGCUGCUUUUUGCAAUACAGUCUCCCCCCGUCCCCUCCCGACCCAUGGCUGAUGAGGGGCCGCCUCCAGAUCCCACUUCAUCCACUGUGGCUCCCAGUGACAACGGGACCACCAGCCACCCCAAUGGGACACUCCAACAACUUCCUCAGAUUAUAAUCAUAGGUGUGAGGAAGGGGGGGACGCGGGCGCUGAUUGAGAUGCUCAGUCUGCACAGUGCAGUGGCAGCGGCUCAGAAUGAGGUGCACUUCUUUGACUGGGAGAGCCACUUCCAGAGAGGCCUGCCCUGGUAUCUCAGCCAGAUGCCCUACGCCUUCCCCGACCAGCUGACGGUAGAAAAGACGCCAGCUUACUUCACCUCCAGCAAAGUCCCCAAACGCAUCCACCAGAUGAACCCUAACAUCAAGCUGCUGCUCAUCCUCAGAGACCCCACCGAGCGUGUGCUUUCGGACUACACCCAGGUCUUCUACAACCGCCUGCAGAAGCACAAGCGCUACCAGCCCAUCGAGUACGUACUGGUGAAGGACGGUGAGAUCAACCUGGGAUACAAGGCUCUCAAUCGUAGCCUGUACUACGUUCACAUGCAGAACUGGCUGCAGUACUUCCCACUGGAGAGCAUUCACGUUGUGGAUGGGGACGAGCUCAUACGGGACCCCUUCCCCGAAAUGAAAAAGGUGGAGAGGUUCUUGAAGCUGGAACCUCAGAUAAACUCUUCCAAUUUUUACUUCAAUAAAACUAAAGGAUUCUACUGUUUGAGAGACCACGGACGAGAGCGGUGUUUACAUGACUCUAAAGGCAGGGCUCACCCUCAUGUGGCCCCUGCCAUCCUGCAGAAACUCUACCAGUUCUUUCAUGAACCCAAUAAGAAGUUCUUUGAGCUGGUGGGUCGAACAUUUAACUGGAAAUGAACAUUUGAGUCUCAGUAGUUGCUUAAAGCAUCAGCCUGCAUCAGUCGGGGGGGGGGGGGGGGGUUGUUACGUCCGUGAGCUGUCCUCUUUUCCAUACUAACAAAAGUAGACAAAGAGAUAAAGCUAAUGUAAAUUAACAAAUCUAUUUUUCUACGAGUAUGUUUGUUACAGAAGUAUGACCGAGCCAAAUAUCAGGGCAGACUGCAGUUCAUGACAUGUUAUCGCAUGUCUUAUUUUCUCCUUUUGCUGUCAGACGUAUAUUUUAAUGUCUCUACUGCAAACACUUAGCACCUGCUCAACUGUUUGUCUGAACGAGCUGACGAGUUAUUAUGACGCACACAAUGACAUUCAGACUUUAAACUGUGCCAGCUAAUGACACACAAAGCAGUUUAAUAGUCAUAACUACAUUUAUCACUUCGUAUAACAUGACAUUAUUAACAUCUAACUGCAUUUUUAGUUCUGAAGAUUCUUCACCUGCUGCUAUGAUUUCCUCAAGUCACUUUCAGGUACAAGCCGUAUUCAAUAUGUGUUUGUUCUAUUUUGUUAUCCAAUUAUUUCUUUCUGUAAUAUUCAGUUCCAUAAAUGCUCUCUGUGCACAUCAUAUAUUACUGAUCACUACAGUGUACUGUAUAUAGAUUUUUUAUAAAAGUGAAGAAUUAAUACCAUAAUAAAGAUGUGUUUUAUUUUUA